AUGGAACGCGUCGGCGCGUCGCCCAGCUCCACGCGUCGCACGCACAAGCUGUCCGAAACACUUCCUCCCCCCCAUCGCGGACGCCGAAACAUCAUCACAAUCAUGGCAAACCGGGACAUCCGUGCAUAUCUUAAGCGCUCAAGCGCUCAAGCAAAUUUGCAAAUCGGCAGGUUCUCUCACGUUGCCAUUCCCGUUCGGACGAAAAAAGCCAAGCCGCCCGCCGUCCUGGCCGAAGCUUCUGACGACGACGAAGCUUCUGACUAUGCAGAGUCUGGGGCCUCUGCUUCACCUCAGUCUGACGAUUUUGAUUCCAAUCCAGACCUAGACACGAGUCCCGAGCCAGAUGCAGAUGCAGAUGAGUCUGAAGCCCAUGGCGUGGAUCUCAUGGAGAUGGAUGAGCCCGCAACUCUCGUUGAGAAGGCGCGCCCGAAACCUCAAAGACGCAAGACAGAAGCCAGCGGGAAGAGACCUACCAAGUCACGCGGCAUUGACACCAAUCUUCCGCCCCUAUCCAACAUCGAGGAUAUUUUCAAGGACAUUACACAGCUGGCCAUGGAAAACGGUUUCAACAAGACAUUGGAUGCAUUGAAUGGUCACGAACUGCGCAUUGCCACAAUGUGUUCCGGCACAGAAAGCCCUGUUCUAGCUCUUGAGCUCGUGUCUGAAGCUUUGCAACAAAUCGGAAAAUCGCUGCGCCUUCGUCACGUGUUCAGCGCAGAAAUCGUCCCGAAGAAGCAAGCAUACAUAGAGAGGAACUUUCAUCCCCCUAUUAUCUUCCGGGAUAUUCGCGAGCUUACGAAAGAGGACGCGUUUGAGGCCGGAGCGACGAAUGUGUACGGUGCAAAGGUUGCAAUUCCUGGAAAUGUUGAUCUCCUCGUUGCUGGGUUCUCAUGUGUCGACUUUUCCAGUCUCAACAACAAAGGCAAGACCCUUAGUGAGAAGGGUGAAUCUAGAGAUACGCUUGAAGCCAUCUUAAGCUAUGCCGAGAAGUGGAAACCCAAGAUCAUCGUCCUGGAAAAUGUCUUCGGAGCACCAUGGCCCAAGUGUGUCGAGCGUGCAAAGAAGGUGGGUUACGCGGCGGAUUUCGUGCGCGUAGACACGAAAGAUUAUUAUUUACCGCACACCCGCACUCGUGGGUACAUGGUUUGUAUUCACAAGGAGCAGUUCCCCGGGCCCGGCAGUGUGCACUCGGCUGUAAGCAAAUGGAAAGAACUAAUGCUGAGUUUCAAACGCCGCGCGAGCGCCCCGGCGUCCGAUUUCCUUUUACCAGCGGAUGACCAUCGAGUCCAUCAGUUCAAUUCCCAGCUCAACACACAGUACAGACAAGACUCCAGAGACAGGACAGUGAACUGGGAUGCCUGCCGCAUUCGACAUCAGAAAGUGCGCACAUUAGAUCGUCUCGGCAGCCAACGGCCGAUAACUCAGUGGAUCGAUAGUGGCUCAUGCGUUACCUUUGAGAACGCACACAAAAUGUGGUUCUCAAAACAAGUCGAAAGAGUGUGGGAUUCAAUCGAAAUCCGCUUUCUCCGCGCCGCCAAGGACAACGGCAGUGGCAUGCCUGGAUAUGAUCCCAUGUUCAAGACUUCGAUCAUGGAGUUGAGCCAGAAUGUGGACAGAUUUGCCCAAGAGAUGCCAUUCGGCAUCUGUUCCUGCAUCACCCCUUCUGGCAUUUUCUACUUGACUGAUCGUGGUGGUCCGUUGACGCCGUAUGAGACGCUGGCUCUUCAAGGCCUCCCCUUGGACAAGAUCUCGUUCACUAUCGAGACAAUGCGAGAACUGCAGGACCUCGCAGGUAAUGCAAUGAGUUCGACCGUCGUCGGCGUAGCGCAAUUGGCAGCUCUUAUUGUGGCAUCUCCCGCGCUCAAGCAGGUCGGCCCACCAGCAAACUCCAGACUCUCGACGGCUCCCAAAAUCAGUUCUUACUUACGAGGAGAGGAUGAUUUGCAACCGAUAGUGUAUGAGGACCUCGGGUCAUCGAGGUUCUCGGUCAGUCGGCUUUGCAAGGAUGCCUUGGAAAGCGUACGACUCUGCCGUUGUGAGGGUCGAUUCGGAAGCACAGAUUACGAAAUCCUCGUGUGUAAGGAAUGUGGGCACUCAGUAUGCACCGGAUGCAAAAGCAAGCCCACGCAUGCGUGUACGACUGGAGUUUUUAAUCGCAGCAUCACCGCUCAUGGAUUUGAGCUCCGGUGGAAGCAUCACUUCCCGUCUGAACUUCACUUCUCCACGCACCCCCACCUCCCUAGUUUGGGGAGUGGUUAUCAAAUGGACGAAAGUCUCCGUGCUGAGUAUUUUGAAAUAGUCAAGACGGCCCUCAAGGGACAGUUCAAGUUCCAGACCUUCCAACGCACCUCAAAGUGGGCCAUCCAUUACGAGUCACAUUCCGCUUUCCUAAACCUGGAAAUCGGAGAUGUAGCAGAGUGGCGCCUAUUCGUCAAGGCUCCCGCAAAGUGGGCUGGGAAUCAUCCACUUAGAGACAUCCUUAAAUCGCCCAUUGCUCGUGCCAAGAUGCCUAUGGACCUCGAUCCAGAUGACGCUAAUAGUUGUUGGGCGGAUGAUUGGGAAUGGUUCGUCCCCUCGACUUGCCGCUUUCAGGUCUCUGUUCAAGAGGCAACUGAAGAUGUCAAUCCGUCCUGGAGGGCGUUGUAUGGGAUGGUCGAGUACCAAAAAGAGACGGUUCCUCAGCGAUUGAAUGUCACAGUCCAUCCCGACGAUGCACAAAUUCUGCCCAAGGACUUUUCUGGGAUAUACAGACAUUUGCCGGCGUGUGGCACAGCCUGUUCAUCUUUGUACCGACGCGUCUCCGGUUCUGGUGCGCACAUUACAAGUGAGAUGGAGGCCAAUCCCCUCUAUCUCUUCCUCGAUCCUUCCCGGAUUGGCCCUGUCGAUCAGGACUCCUUCUUAUUUUCCCAUAGCCACGAGCGUCUUGAAUACAACGAGGAAAGAGACGUGGUGGCCCGUCUGGAGCCCUCGUUCCGGCCCUGGAUCCGGAAAACAUUCCAGACGCAUGGGUACCUCACUGGAGUCUGGGUCCAGGGAAGCACAGAAACGGAACUGCUUGCAUCGCACAAACUUCUUGUCGUCAAAGGACCAAGUAACAUUUCUGACUGGGGUACGAUAGUGUCUCAAGACUGCUCACAAAGUCUGGCAGUCCUGAGUUUAGAUUUUCAGGCCGAGGACAGAAGUGGAGGGUCUAGGGAGUAUCGUUUCGACGCGCGUAAAGGAACAGCGUUCAUGAAGGCAUUCUCAUGGGUACUUGCGACCAACGCACAUCUGCCAAGUCUGAAAGAGUGGCGACGACUCGACAUUGGCGAUAUUAUUGGACACUGUGAUGCGUGUGGCCCCACGCUACCGACAGUCCGAUGGGCACAGUCUGACUCCGGACGAGGGAACAACAAGGGUGCCUUUGUCGCUCAGGAAGACCCAGAAGAAGCCGCUCAGUAUGAGUUGAGGAUGAAGGCCCGUCCGUCAAUUUUGGACAUGACGGCAGUUGUUGACGAGUCCAAUGUCUGCCGCUUGCGGGCCGGUUUGAACGUUGUUUCUUUGGCUCAUAGAGCACUCGCUCAUCUCCGUCCGGUUGAAGGAACCGCAGUUCUGUCUUGGAACCUGACCACCGAGUACGUACCUCCCACAGCGCCUCGUCUUCGGCCUUUUCGACUUUUGAGUAAUAUCAACGACCGAGAACAUGAGCAACCGAAACGCUUCCGCUUAGAUCUCCGGCCUACCCAGCGAAAGUCUCUUUUCUGGAUGAGGCAACAGGAAAGGGAGAAACACUUCACUCUGCAAGAGGUGGCUGAAGAAGUAAUCGAGCCGAUCCGCUGGAAAGUCGAAGCAAAGGCGGAGGUCGAUAUGACGGUGAGGGGCGGUGUCAUUGCCGAUCAAGUGUCAUACGGCAAGACUAUUACGUCGCUGGCUCUCAUACACGCGGGGUUCUGCGAAUCUCAAACCAGCGCCAGCAAUGAUGGGGGGUUGAUCCCAUUGAAAGCAACGCUUGUGCUUGUCCCGAACAACUUGCCAAACCAAUGGAUGCAGGAAGCUUUGAAGUGCCUGCCGAGCAAGGACUAUGCUUCUGGAGCAAUCCUGAAGAUCAGAAAUGCCAAUGAGUUGAAGAGCUUGCGAGUCGAAGACUUUAGGCAGGCGAAGAUAAUCAUUGCCUCGUUCUCGCUCCUCGGCAAAGACUUCUAUGCCCAGCAACUUGCAAACGUCUCGGCUGUGCCAGAAGUCCCUGCAUCGGACGGGCGCCAAUACGAGGCAUGGUUCAAGUACUGUCUCAAACGGAUCCCAGAUUUGAAUGAUCAGCUAAAAGAUUUGGGUGUCUCCUCAUUCAAGCGAUACCUCAAGGACGAACUGGAAAAGACGAGGUCUCAUAAAGAUUUCAGCGGUAUCAUUCCCUCGAAGCGCACCAAAGGUGCAAGCUACAAGAGCUUCGAGGAGCUGGAAGACCAGACAACUCGAAGCAAUCACACGAAGGCUCCGGGGACUGCGAAAUCAUACCCGCGGAAGGCUGACUGGGAACGAUGGGAGUUUCCAGUGUUCCAUCAGUUCAAAUUCAACCGGGUCAUAAUCGACGAGUUCCACUACCUUCGCGACAGAGACUACACUGCAUUGGUCACGCUCUCGGCAGACAAACGGUGGAUCCUUUCUGGAACCCCACCUCUUGGGGACUUUGCGGACGUCAAGCGGUUCGCGGCAUUCUUGGGAGUCAAUCUCGGGAUAGACUGGGACACACCAGGCGUCAUCACACGGGAGAAUUCCAAGCAGAUGCGCAAAGAGAAGACGAGCUUCGAGCUCUUCCAGACGUUCAGUGAACGACGCUCUCCAACGUGGCACGAGAGGCGGCAUCAACACGCACAGACGUUCCUGGACAUGUUCGCCCGACAAAAUUAUGCCGACAUCGGUGAUGUCAAAUGCUACGAGAGCCUGCGGUCCGUACCGUUGGCGCUUGACCAUCGCGCAAUCUACGAAGAGCUGUCUUCGUACCUCAAGGGUCGAAACAUGGCCAUGGCUGGCGUGUCCAGUGCAGAGACUGGAGAUCGAGCCAAAAAACUACGGCAAGCCAUGCGCAACUUCGAGACGGCUGAGGAAGCGCUGGUGAACUGCUCUAGUGUGCGCAUUGAAGCGGUCCACCAGACUUCAGCAUGUAACAGUCUCAUCGAGCAGCGCGACGCAGAGCUCAAAGAGCAGGGGGAAAGGCUACGAAAAUACAUCCUCGAAGCUUCAAAACUCGCGAGACUCAGCGGCGAUCCGAAGAACGAAUGGGCUCAAUGGACGCAGAGGUACAGAGGGGUCGGCCUGAGCGCCGCCGCAGAUCCCAAAUCCCAAGUUGAAAUCAGGAAGAUGAUCCUGAAAGCCGAGGCAGAAUACGCCGGUAUUGGGAACAAGCGAUCCGCAGAUGCUGCAGCCAGUUUGCAGACACUUGUGCGAACCAAGGUCGGUGCAGAAGCUCGCAAGUUUACGAACAUGCGUAGAUCGCUACGGUACGCUCGGUCCAUCUCAAAGGUCAAAUCAGCGCUCCGGGGUGUGAAGCAGCUGUACUGCGAAUGUGGGGACGCAUCCCACGAGACCACGGCCGAGCUUAGCUCUGUCAUCGUCGGCUGUGGACAUGUGGUUUGCAGCGAUUGCCUGGACGCGGGCAUGGCAGAAGAGAGGUGUGGUGUGCUCGGGUGUGAGAUGGAGAUUCGGGAGCACGGAGUCCUUCAUGGGGCGAGCUUACGCGGUUGCGAGGACGUGGCAGCUGGGCCAAAGAGCUUUGGGUCGAAGCUGGAUAGUGUGAUGGAGUUGCUGGGAACCAUCCCCGACGAAGAACAGGCCAUUGUCUUCGUGCAAUCGUACAGCAUGAUGGCGAAGGUUGAGCAAGCACUCAAGGCCAGAAGCAUCCCGGCAUACGCCAUUGAUCGGGUGUCUGAAAGCGCGACGGACAAGAUUGAAGCUUUCGUCAAGAACUCGCGGUAUACGGACAGCGGCAAGACCAAGCUCAACGGCGAGUUUGGGAAGGUGUUGAUUCUCAACCUGGGAGACGAGUCGGCAUCUGGGAUGAACCUCGUCAACGCAAAUCACGUCAUCUUUCUCUCACCGCUCCUGACCAGUACGAGCCAAAAGUACCAUGCGGCAAUGGUGCAGUCGGUUGGACGGGCACGGCGAUACGGGCAGCAGAGGCCGGUUUACGUAUACCGAUUCAUGGCACCGCACAGCAUCGACGUGGACAUUCUCGAACAACGCGAGCGGCGCAGCACGGCCUUGACAAAGGAGGCGCAGAAGAUGGCGGCUCCGUUGGAGCGGGGAAAAGCACAGUACGAGGCGGUGCGGGUGGUGGAGGAUGCCUCUUUGGGCAUGAUGGUGGUGCCGAAGUCCUGGGUCCAAGACAUCGGCAAGGCACAGCAGCACGGACUCCUGCUGGGGGCAUCCAGCGGCGACGAGGUGGAGCGGUUCAACUCGCUCUCCAAGCUCUCGGAGGCGUACGCCCAGGACGGCGAGGCGUAG